CCUCAUCUACCUGUAAAGCCUCAGAAGAUAAUGUCAAAUUAGUCCACACUUGAACUUUAAACCGUAGGUUGAGACUAUUAUGCAGGACUGGGGCAUAACAAUUUUAUGUCAAGGAUCUACAUAUAUAUCUCAAGAAAAGCAUGCUAAUAUUAGAUAUUUUUAUUUCAAAUGUCAAUAAACGAGAGAUUACUGUAAUCUUGCACAUGGUUGAAAUGUCUGUACAAUCAAUGCAAUGUAUUAAUUUUGUAUAUUGAUGCGUUUGGCAUUGUUGAGCUUUUUAUUGCGUUCAGAUUUAAUCAACUUGUUUCAGUGCAGGUGAUUUCGAUAACAUAAGAUUGCGUUCCGCCAAUGUGUCGAGAUUGAUUAUAGGGCGGUGGCCAGUGAGAGAUGAUCAAAGCCUUGGAAGCUUGAGUAAGGGUGGGCGGGGCUUCCCUUGUGUUUCCAGCGGCCCGCCCCUGCCUGUCACAGAUACAAAACCGUCUGGCCCACAGCGAGAUGAAACAAGUGGAGGGGAUGUAGCAGUAGCAGACAUACAUUCGUGAGAAACCCAAAUAAGCGCUCUGGCGUUGCUGUGGUUGUGUUGUUGCUUUCUCCGUCGCCCAGAUUGCGCUGAGAUUUUUGGGAUUUUUUAAGCUUCCAAUUUUGCAAAUCGGAAGCUGCUCUGGUGUAAGUAAAGGUGUCUGCACAGGAGCUCAAUGGCCGCGACGCUAGCGAUGAGCGGUGGCGGCCAGGACGAGCCCUUCUACCCGCUACUGAAAUCCACCAUCCCGGACGACUUCUCCUUGGAGGAGUCCGCCCUUUUCGGCUUGGACUCCAAGAUCACGGAUGCUGAGCGGAAUGGCCACAAUGAAUACACCCAGACCAAGUGUGAGCUCGACAGGUAUCUGUCCCAGGUGCCUCUGCCCCCCCUGUCCGACGGCCUGCAGCAGCAGCAGAAGUCGCGGCGGGACAGUGUGUCCAACAUGGACCAGUUCUUCAGCGACGACCAGGCCUUCGCUCCAUACACCCUCAACAUGAACCUUUACCUGCCCGACGUGGCCUACCUGCGCAUGGGCUUGUGUCGGCCGACACGCCUCCCUCAACCUCUCCCCCAGCAACCUCACCCCCAGCAACCUCACCCCCAGCAACCUCACCCCCAGCAACCUCACCCUCACCCCCAGCAGCAGCAGCAGCAGCAGGCCCACGCAGGUCUGGCCCAGGUCAAAACGGAGUCCUUCUCUUCCGCUCUCCAGCCCCACUGUACUGAAACCUCCCCGACCGCGAGCAGCGGCACUGGGCCAAUGCCCAUGGAAGCGUCCGCCAUCGCCAUGACAUUGCCAGGGUUACUGGAGUUCACCAGUGCUUUUAGCCAAUCGGAAGUGGGCGGUGACGAUGCCAUGUCGGGCGUCUUUGUGAAGCAGGAGGUCCCGUCACCGUUUGAGCAGCAGCACCACCACCAUCACCAUCAUCACCACCACCACAAUAAUCACCAUGACAACAGCGGCUCGUUGUUUCAACUCCUCAACUCUGAUUUGGACCAUCACCAUGGCAACGGGGUGGACGUCCAGACACAGCAGCAGCAGCAGCAGCAGCAGCAGCAUCAUCAUCGCCUUCAUCAGACACAGAGCGCGGGUCCCCUGUCGGUCCACACGUCGUUCCAUGAUAUGUCCGUGCCUUCCUCCACGUCGCAGCAGCAGCAGCAGCAGCAGCAGCAGGCAUCCACAGCCAAGCCAAACUACUGCGGCCUAACCGGUGGGGGCUAUGUCCACGCCCCCGCCGCACACCCACAGUUCCAACCGCAGCAGCAGGUGCCCUACCUGCCCCCCUCCCCUCCCAGCUCCGAGCCAGGCAGUCCCGACAGACAGAAGGAGCUGCUCCACACCAUGUCCCCCCCGCCCUCCUACGCGGCCACCAUCGCGUCCAAGAUGGCGAGUGGGAGCCCCCCCAUCCUCUGCACAAGCCCGGGGACCAUGGCCCUGCCCCUGGGGGCUGGCCCCACCCAAGUCCCAGGCCCGGCCGCAGGCCUGACGAGCUCCGGCCCAGACACCGCUCUGGGUCUGGGUACGGCCGAGACCAGCACCUCCCCCAGCUCUGGCUCCUCCUCCACCAUGCCCAUCCGCUACAACCGGAGGAACAACCCUGACCUGGAGAAGAGACGCAUCCACCACUGUGACUACCCAGGCUGUAAAAAGGUCUACACCAAAUCAUCUCAUCUGAAGGCUCAUCUCCGGACCCACACGGGUGAGAAGCCUUACCGCUGCACGUGGGACGGCUGUGACUGGCGGUUCGCCCGCUCGGACGAGCUUACCCGUCACUACCGCAAGCACACGGGUGCCAAACCCUUCCAGUGCGGCGUGUGCUCCCGCUCCUUCUCACGCUCCGACCACCUGGCGCUGCACAUGAAGAGACACCAGAACUAACACACACACGCACGCGCACGCGCGCGCAAACCUACCAAUGCAUACACACACACACACGUGCAAACCUACCAAUGCAUACACACACACACACGUGCAAACCUACCAAUGCAUACACACACACACACACGUGCAAACCUACCAAUGCAUACACACACACACACGUGCAAACCUACCAAUGCAUACACACACACGUGCAAACCUACCAAUGCAUACACACACACGUGCAAACCUACCAAUGCAUGCACACACACACACACACGUGCAAACCUACCAGUGCAUACACACACACACACACACACACGUGCAAACCUACCAAUGCAUACACACACGUGCAAACCUACCAAUGCAUACACAUUGAGAAGGACAGGGACAUGUACACACACACUCAAGCGCAGGAUAAAGCAUACUCGUGUACAGCCUGGGAACCAGAUGAAUCUGCAAGCUCAGGUUUUACUUGCUCUGACAUAUGCGUCUGGCCCCCCACCUGUUCAGACAGAUUUCCAGGAGACCUGGCCCGGGUCAGGCCAAUCACAACCGCUCACUAAUAUUGGGUGAGGUUUAAUUGGAGGACGUACAGAGGAGCAACCAAGAUGGCUGCCGCUGAUGUGCGCCAUGUUUCGUUGUUCUGAUUGGUUUUAGGUCUUUCCAAUUUCGUCCAGACCCAUUUCGGUCUGCCCCUGUUGAUAAUGACUCUUGGAAAUCGAAUAAUGAACUGAAAGGUUCUAGACUAUUAUGCAUUUGGGAAUUGGUCUGGUGAUGUCAGGCUAGUACACACAUACACACACUGUACACACAUGAUGUUCACACAUACACUGUACACAUACACAAGCACUAUCAGAAAAUAUGCCAUCCAAAUGUAUAAAUCAGGAAAUGAUAAACCUCCCACUGUCAAACACGUGAUAAAAGCUUUUAGUGGCCCCACAUGUUUUAUUCUCAUGUUCUCCAAAUAGUUGGUUGUUUUCUUAAGAAAUGGUCUGGGAAAAUAACCUGUCAGAGCGUGGUCACCCAUACCAACCGAUGAAUUAGUAAGGUUUUAUGAGAGAAGGGGGGGGGAGAAAUUAAACCAAAACAAAAGUUAAACAAGCUAUUAUUUGUAGUUACAUUUAGAACUGGAAUACGACUGGAAGCUUAUGCUGUCUUCAGACUUAGCUUUGUGUUUGUUAUUUUGUAUUAAAGGGAAGUGUGUGUUUCUUUUUGCUAGGACAGCCAAAAGUUUGUUUACCUUUUUUUUUUUUUGUGCUUUUGUUUGUUUUUUGUAACUGGAAAAAUCCAGAACCUCUUUUUGUUUUGUUUUAAAUUUUUAAUUUGCACUUGAAAUGGUUGACUUGUCAAAGCUCAUUAGACUACAGAACUCAGUUACCACUGGAAAACACGAAACACAUUUCUAAUGACUUAGAUUCCUCUGAAGAUGCAAUUCACUGGACACUAAACAGACCAUCCCUCUUUACAUUCUUCAGAAUAUGAGGCAUUUAUAAUAACGAGACGACAAGGGACAAAGAAAAGUAAAGGGAAUAGAGUGAGAGCAAUGAAGGCGAGGAGGAAUUUUAAGAGGGAGAGUAUAGUUAAGCAUUA